GUCUCCCUAUUCUUUUAUUACGCCUUUCUUUCUUUGAUCAGUUAAUCCUUCUACAUUUUAAUGGCUGCAUCGUCAUUCGAUUCUCAUUUAUUGUGUUCUUCGAUUUCAAUUAAUCUUGGUUCUGUCUUGUUUUCGAAAAUAGUUCAUUCGCAGUUUAUCAGUCAACCUUGUAACUUUUUCUGACAACAAAAUUAACAAGGGACUAAGCAGCCGCCACCAUGGGAAAGCGUAAUUCGCAACGUAAAAGUGCAGCGAUGUUAGACAGCGACGAUGAUAAUAGUAGUGUGAGUUCGACGUCAACGAUGAGGUCUGAUUCCGGCACUGAAGAAGUUCAGAUUGAGAAAGAUACUUUGUUGGGUGAAGCUUUAGAUGAUUUAUAUGAAAAAAGGGGCUCUACAAGAGAGAAAGCUUUGGCCUCCAUUAUUGAGUCUUUCAGUAACAACUUGCAGCAUCAGUUUGUUGAAAAGAAAUUCGCUACCUUACUGCAUCAGUGCCUGGGUUCUAUGAAAAAGGGCUCUAGCAGGGAAAUAGCUUUGGCAUCUCAGGCCAUUGGUUUGUUGGCUUUGACUGUUGGCUUUGGGGACAAUGCACGGGAAAUAUUGGAAGAAUCAGUCACUCCGAUUUCACAGGCUCUAAAGGCAAGGCCUGAAUCCUUGAAGACAGCAGCGCUUCUGGAGUGUUUGGCUAUCAUAACAUUUGUUGGUGGAAAUGAUCCAGAAGAAACAGAAAGAUCAAUGGAUAUUAUGUGGCAACUUGUUCAUCCAAAGCUGGGUUCUAAUGUUGUUGUAGUCAAACCUUCAGAAACUGUUAUAACAGCAAUGGUGUCUGCUUGGUCAUUUCUUCUUGCAACAUUGGAUCGCUGGAGACUUGAUCCUAAACACUGGCAGCAGUCCAUUUCAUAUUUUUCUAGCCUUCUUGACAAAAAUGAACGAUCUGUACGCAUUGCUGCUGGUGAGGCACUGGCAUUAAUUUUUGAGAUUGGAAAUCUGGAGAAGUUCUCUGCUGAAGCUGAUGGCACCAAUGAUGGCUCUCGGGAAGGAUAUACUCAUGUGCAAGGAUUGGAAGGAAAAAUCCUCAAUCAGGUCAGAAACCUUUCUAUGGAAGCAGGCGGUAAAGGUUCUGCCAAGAAAGAUCUUAACAACCAGCGGAACUUGUUCAAGGAUAUUUUAGAGUUUCUUGAGGUUGGAUAUUGUCCUGAAACUUCAGUGAAAAUUGGUGGCGAAUCACUUAAGACAACGACCUGGUCUGAACUGAUACAGUUAAACUUUUUAAAGCACUUUCUUGGAGGUGGCUUUGUUAAGCACAUGCAGGAAAAUGAAUUUCUUCAUGGUGUCUUUGGAUUCACUCCUAAGCGAAAGAAUCUUUUAAGUGCUGAGCACCAUAUAUCUAGUACUGAAAAGAGGAUGUAUAGGUCACCAAAUUCAGUAGUUAACAAAGCAAGGACACAGUUACUGAACAAGCAGCGAAUGCUUUCUGAGGAUAGGAAUGUAGGACACUAUGCCAUCAAUAUGGGCGAUGAAGAGAUGUAGGGUCUUACCCUCUUGCAAUCAUAGAACACAUUAUGUGAUCUGAUACAUACAAUGAUCGAUAAUACGUUGUAAUUCCUUACCUUUAUAGUUCUCUUCAUUGUGUUAAUUAGAAGGAUCAAUUAUAGAAAUUUGAAAAGUCCAGCAAGAAUGUGGGGACUGGAAAAUAAUUUCUUUA